AUGUCGUCCAUCCCUAAGUCACUCACGGAGGCAAAGCGAAGCGCGCCACUCGUCAAUGGAGGUGCCACACCUGGUGGUGGUAGUGGCGGUGGCAGCAGCAGUCUCGCCUCUAGAAUCCCCACGGCGCCUAAUGCAUCGAGUGUGGUGGUGGGAGCAGGUGUGGCCGCCAGCCUGGGUCGGAAGACGCGAGUAGCGGCAGUCGCACAGCAGAAAACACUUCUCACCGGUCGUUUGGGGGUCACUUCACCACCUACUCAGAGACCCAUAGACUCACACUACGGCAGCGUCCGUCGUACCGAGAUGACCAAGGCAAUCGGCCAGGUGACUGCAGCUUCAGCGGGGGUCCAAGGUCAUCAGGGGAACCAAACCUAUACUCUCAUCGCCUAUCAACCUACCCAGUCUGACCCUCACCGAAAGACCCAGAACCAACCAGCUGUCCUCUACGCAAUUCCCUCGAACCACGCCUUUCUUCAACAGCAUCAGAUCCAUCAAAUACUUCAACAGCAGCAGCAACAACAGCAUUCCUCACAGGCAAAUUUUAAACUGCUCCAGCAUGCCAUACCACGACAGUUAAUAUCGCUUUUCAAUUCAUUAACCAAUAACUUUUGGUUCUUGCCAAAUGCAGCUCUUAUCGAGCACCAUCAACAACGUCAAAACCAACAGCAUUCGCAGAAUUUUCUCCUGAUUAAUCGUGAUCAAACUCCAAUUCAACAGCCGGACGUCACUCAGACAACCUUACAUACAGAAAGAAAACUGAGGCAACGAGGCCGGGAAAUGGACGCAGAGUCCCACGUCAACUACUUGGUUACGCUGUUCCAGGUUCUGAGAACCUCCGGCGUUCGAGAGGAAUCCUUUGUCAGUGCCUUUCGACUCAUGGGGCUGUUACCACAACUUACAGAUUUCCAAAAGGCGACUGCUGUUCGUGCGAGAAACGAGUUACAACAAGUUCGUGUCGCGUUAUCCGAUUUGAGGCAAGAGCAAGUGCAAAUGAAAAUAGUCUUCGCAAAGGAGAUUCAGUGCUGCGAAAGGCAGAUAGCCGUGCAGUUAAAGAAGUACGAGCGCAGAAAGGGUCUACAGCAGGCCCAGCCCUUCUAUGAUACCAGAAUACAUAAGGUGCGCUCGGACAGACAAAAUCUUGACAACGCGCUCGCAGCCUAUCAGACGACAUGGUCCUCGCUGAUUGGCCAAUUGGCAGACCUGGAGGGUGUCAUUGAGGAGACAGGCAAUGAUGUGCUCAAGGGUAGAUGUCGAAUCACCCUUCAAAUGGUCAGUGCUCUCGAGGAUCGCCUACAACUCGCAACGUCAGCUAUUGAAUUUUGCUGCGAAAGUGAUCCCCUUUUGCGAAAGUCAAUUUGGCAACAUGCAGAGAAUGAAAUGGAUUCUGCUGAACAGGAAACGCGAAUUCUCGAAGAACAGUUGGAACAGUUAGCAGACUUGCGUGAGCGCAGUGCUAGGCUAAAUGGAACAAUUACAACACUGAAACGAUUGGCAAAAGUAAACACAAACACCCGGCAAAACGAACAACAGCUGCAACGCUUGCAAUCGCUUGGAGGAAUAUUGAAUCCGACUGCCGCAGACAGUGGAAGCGCUGAAAGGAAACGACUUAUGGCCACCAUCCGUCUGCUGCAACCUGAUCAUGAUGAGCGCAUGCGUAGCAUAGAGAUUCAAGAAGCCUUACGCGAGAGACGAAAGCGCGUGUUCCGAGACCCUCCUGUGUUUAAAGGACCCGCUAAGGCCCUCCUUCUCAAUGGCAUUCACAUUUCGCCCAUUUGGCCAGAGGGCUUUUCGCGAAAAUCAAAUCGCAACUCAAAACUCACACCGGAUCUCCCCGAUGUUUCUGUGGCAAAUGAAGAGCCGCCUGAAAUCUCCAACACUACCGCAAAUCUCCCCCAACCACUUCGUCUCCCCCUCUCCACCGUCCUCGUUAGCCGACUCAAAAAUCCCAAUGCACCCAAAUCCAAAAGAAAUGUACGUGUGAAAUUCAAUAUGCAAGUCUAUGUUGAUGGAGAGGACCAGCCACUGCCGCUGAACUACGUUCCUGAAGAAGACAAUCCCAGAAGUGCUCGGCGAAAGUCGGCUCCAGCCCUACCCAGUCCAGACGAGGUAACACCACCUGCUCCCCCUCCCCGACUGACUAGCCAAUCAGGCUCUGGUCCUCUCACUGAGUCAACAAAGUGUCAGUUGCAAGGCAGUCCUAUCAAAAUGCUGCGCUAUGAAAAUAUGGACAUGUUUUUGAAAAAUAUUCAACUACCUGUUUCUGAGAAGAAUGCGAACCUAUCUGCUCAAAACUGA